GAGAAGUAAGAGGUAUCAGCAGUGAAACUGUCUAAAGAUGACUGCAUCCACCACUAAACUGCAGGAGAUCUACAGCCAGCAGGGCUUCCUGUCCGCACUGCCUGUGUUGAAGGAGACUGAGCUGACUGAGGCCAAGCAUGCCUUUUCUGAGCUGGAGAAGGAAUUUGGAGAGGGGUAUACCCAGUACAGCCUCCACAACGUUCACCUUCAGUAUCCAUGGGUGAGGAACCUAACCAAACACCCUCAAAUCAUACAAGUGGUCAAAGCCAUCCUGGGUCCUGACGUCAUCCUGCUGGACUCCCGCUUCAUUUGUAAAUACCCAACACUCAAACCUGACAUCCAGAAGAAUGAGGAAGGAGAAAUCAAACCUGGUCUUCCAUAUGUGGCCUGGCACCAGGAUAUGAGGUAUUGGGGUAUUGCUGGUGGUCCUGUUCUCUCUGUGUGGCUCGCUUUAGAUGACUCACUGCAAGAGAACGGCGCCCUUCAGGUCAUCCCAGGUAGCCACUGCGCUGGCAUGUUGCCCCAUCACCAAGCUACUCGCCCUGGAAACAUGCUGUCAGUCAAUCAGGAGAUCCCAGAGGAGCUGGUGCAGGCGGAUGGAGCUGUGCUUUGCCCUCUGUUAGCUGGGCAGAUGUCUAUUCAUGAUGGAUUUCUUGUCCACGCCAGUGAUGCCAACAUGUCUCAGAGGAGGCGAUGUGGGUUUGUGAUCCGUUAUGUUUCCACGUGUGCAUAUCCCAUACAGGAUCCUGAUCGUCCCAGGAAGUUUGCUGCAACAGUGGUGGUCUGUGGAACCGAUCAGUUCAAUCAUUUCUCCAACAAAACCACAUGACUACGUCUUUGGUUCUUCCUACAAGAAUAGCUACUCGUACACUUUACUAGAAUAUUUCAUGCUGAGACCAGCUGUCUAUUCUAUUGUAUUUGUAUGAAUGAUGUUGUUGUGCAGAUUUCUAUAAUAGUUUGAACUGCUGUUAGUGGAUUAUUAUUUAAUAAAAUACUGUUGUAAUGUUAAGAAUGUGUGACAAAUAUAUUGUGCCAUAUAUACAUUUAACUGGACUGUUUUAAACUGCUUCUAAGUAUAGGCUACACAUAAAAAGUUGUAUUUUCAAAUGUCAAGACAUCUUUACUGAAGGUAAAUCAAUGAAAUAUGAUCCAGAAGUUUAGGUAUAUUUUAAAUUAUUACGAUUUGGUAAAGUCCUCCAAAUCCAACA